AUGUCAUUACCAACUACACCAACAACAACAACAACACAAUCAAUCAAAUACCUCUAUAUUGACAGCAACACGUCUGUCGUACCGGUACUCCAGCCCUCCAUCACUGACUCCAAGUCAUGUCUUGCUCAAACAUUUGGUCAGUUGUCAACAUCUGCUUCCACCCUAAAAUACCUCUUUUACAACGAUGAACCAUACUAUAAUGACUUGUCUGGUGAUCAAGAGACCAACAGAUUAUUUCCAACUGGGUGGACACCAUACCAAAACAAUUAUCUUGGUAAAGGUAUAGUCUACAUGCAAAGUGGUCAAGGUGUACAUAUCAAGCAUUCCAAGUCUGGCUUCCCUAUUCCAAUCGAUGGUGCUCCUCCCGGAUUCAACUCGACCGUUCUACCAAGUGCCACCACUGGAUGUAACGGAACAUCAGCCACCAACUCAUCACUGCCUUACGACUGUUGGUAUCCACUUGACCACCAUACCGCUGGGUUUACCAAAGAGUCAACUCGACUUGGACAUGUAUUCCUCUGCUACCAAACCAAUGAAGCCCAACUCUUGACCAACUUAAAGUUGGCUCAACCUCGUAUUUAUAAUACAAACUAUGAUCAUACCACAUCUCCACCAACUUCUUCCUCAAAUACAUUUAAAGAAGCAAGUACAAACAUGACCUAUGGAUCAACCAUGUGGAAUGAUUUAAAGUUAUCUUUAAUUUUACCUGUGAAAGCACCAUUAGUUGCUGGAUUUACAGGUAUAACAGAAUCAAGAAUGAUGGAUGGACGAUCAUGGGACAGUUCAAUUGAUCAUGCAAGAUUGGGAUUCUCAACAACAACAAAUCAAAUUUGUGUUGGUGAUUAUAACCUGACUGAUGUUACUUAUCCAGGAUCGGUUGUUUGUCUUUUGAAUGUAUCUCCAUUGACCAUUCAAUAUUUCAAUAAUAGUGUUUCAAAGUAUAUCACUCAAACUUGUACAACACCAUCAACUUGUCAAUUAGUCAAUACAUUCAACUACACAUCAUUCUAUGGUAAACUAUUGUUUGAUUUGACACAUCUCACCAAUCAAUCAACACAUCUUAAACCAUAUAUUGAUGGUUUUAUUGAUAGUGCUUUACCAUUUGCAACUGUUGCAAUGUCAACUAUUAAUAAUGAUGGGUUGGUUCAUAUUAAUAAACCUGGUAUGUUUGCAUUCCAGGGUUACACAUUACCAACUGACAAUACAACUGUACUACUCACAAGUAGUGAUCUUACUAUUAUCCAGAAUAGUAAUGGUACAAUGUCAUUCGGUGUUAAUCGACAGAGUAGUACAUUGUUUGUUCCAAGUGUAGAUACUACUGUCAAUGACAACAUACUACUUCUCUUCAAGACUGUAUCUCAAUUGAUGGAUCAUUGGCCAAGACAAAUAUCCAACACAACCAAUACAACCAUCUCAUUCAACCAAACCAUGUCAUUCAAUCCAACAACCAAUAUUGCUAGCUUUAUUGGGUACUCUGUCAACCAUCCAUGGAUAUCAAUCGAUUUGAAUGAUGGAAAGUUUUGCAUGGAACAAGUGCUAAGAGCAUUUGUAUUUAGAAUGAUUGAUUCUGUUAACCCUGAAUUUGGUAGUACUUGGAAUGACGUCUUCCCAACCAAUGGAACGACACCAACAUCACCAGCCACAUUAUCAGUCAGCAAAGAGGUUGCAUUCCUUAGAUCGCUGGUCAACUCCCUAUCAAUGGCAUUACGUCGGUUAACAUUCCCAUCGUUGACCAAUGAUGUAUUGGAUUCAUUCUAUUCAUGUGGUACAAAUACAUCAACCAACAUGGACAAGUUUAUUGGAAGUGAAUUGUUACAAUUGAAUGGUUUGUUGUCAGAAGGAUACCAAACAGCAUUCCUUUGGGAUCUGAUGGAUGGUAACAAUGAUGAUGAAGAAAGUGCCUACACCAAUGACAUUAGUGUAGAUAUUGAAUUAAUCCUCAAAGUAAUCAAGUCAUGGACAAAGACACAACCCAUCGACAUGAUAUCAUUCACUCAAGCCAUGACCAGUACUUCAGUAUCACCCAUUUCGUCAAUGAUCAAACAUCAAAUGAAUUAUAAUUAUAUUUUCAAAUGUAAUAGAUGCGUCUCAAAUGAAACUGAAACAUGUGAAAGAGAUUUAACAACCAAGGAAAUACAAAGAUUCCUAUCAUAUUGGGUCAGUGAUGAUAGACCAAAAGAAUUCCUAAAUUCACCCAUGUAUAUUACAUUUAAAGAGAACCAUCAAGUGAUUAAAGAUUUUGAAAGAGUUGUUGAAUUGUCAAGAUGUAAUAUCGGAACACCAAAUGGAACAGUUGUCACUAAUAAUCGUGGUAUUAGAUUAUACACACAAGCAAUUAAAAUGCAAAUCAAUCAAGCUACCCAGAGAAGAGUGUUUAAUGGAUUGGUAUCACAUUUCAUUGCCAAGGGAAAUCAAACAACUGAUGAAGGAUUGGCAUUUGUCACAUUGAAUGGUUUGAUUUGUUCUUUUAAUCCAUCAACUUUGGCUGACUUUUUAGCCGAUAAACCAUUUGAUUAUUGUCCAUGUGGUCCCGCUGUUACAUCAAUUCAACCUUUAACACUUCCAACCAAUCAAGCAUCUGCCACAGCCACCAUCACACUCACCGGUGUCAAAUUGGGUGAUACAGGUGUACAAGUUAAAGUUGGUAAUCUAACAUGUACUAUCAACAAACCACCAGUUAACCAAAACACCUAUACUUGCUCAUUCCCAUCAUCAAUCGGUAUACUUCCAAUUCAAUAUUCUAAUAUUAAUUCAAUUCUACCUCAAGAACAAUUACAUUAUGUUUUUGUUUAUGCUAAACCAACAAUUUCCACAGUUGUUUAUAAUUCUCCAGCAUUGACUAUUACAGGUACUAAUUUAUUGUCACCUCAAUCAACUGUAUCGGAUGUCCAAAUAUUUUUCAAUGGGAAUAGCGAAGUUGCCAGUUCUGUGACUUAUGGAUCGACAAGUGACCGAAUCAUCAUCAAUCAACCAAAGUAUAUUGGUGGGGAAGUACAAGUUAGUGUGCAAGUUGCAGGUCCACAGAUAACACAUCCAUAUUCGAUGGUAUUCCCCAAACCGACGAUAUCAUCAGUGUCACCAACCACUGACCUCAAGACUGCUGGAAACGAAUCGAUUACGUUUACUGGUACAAACUUUGGUGUUGGACGUUUGUUUGAAGCUAGAAUUGACCGGGUUGAUUGUUUGACUACAACACUUGUCAGCGAGACACAGGCGAUUUGUAUCACUCCACCUGGAAUGGGAAAGAAUCAAAGAACAAGUGUAUCAAUUGACAAUUAUGUAGUAUUAGGUCCAACUCUAAACUACAAGGAUGGUGCAUUACUACAAAUCAUUAGACAACCAACCAACACAUCUGACGAGGGUCCAAUAUGGGUUGUUGGAACUGAUUUGGGUCAAAGACCAGGUGAACCAAUCACUGUCAAGAUACACUCUACUGUAGAGCUUGAUUUCUGCGAGAUUGACGAGUCGUGUUACUAUGACAAACAAUAUUACAAUGCUGCUGGACAACCUAUAGCAGUACCAACCGAUCCCUACUACAAUGGAUACUUUGACCCAUACAUUGUGAUGAAAGAUACGUAUCGCAAGACUGUCGACUUUGAUUGCUACAUUUGUACAGUUCCACCAGGUAUUGGUAACAGUAUAUUGGCUCAAGUCAUCCUUGCAACCAACCAGUCAUUACAAAGCAACGAACCAUUUGGAUACCUUCCUCCAACCAUGCUAGGUCUAUCACAAAACACAAGCUCUACCGAUGGAUCUGGAACCAGUCCUCUCAUCACAGUAACUGGUUUCAACUUUGUCCCAAAUGAAUACUUGAAUGGAACAUCGUUACAAGGACCAACCAAUAUAACCAAUAUGACUAUUGUUGGAUUAGAUGGACCACCAACAAGCCAAAACAACAAUACCAAUAUCGAUCAAACCAAAGUCAACUAUCAAAACUCAUCUAUGAUCCUAUUCCCAAUCCCACCUGGUAUUGGUAAGAACCUACCAAUACAAAUCUACAUUGGUACUCAAAACCUCACCAACAAUGCAACCAAUACCUUUACAAUUAGUUAUAAUGCACCUAAUCUUACUAGUGUGACUAAUAGUGAUACUAUGGGACAACAAAUAACUAUUAAUGGUCAAAACUUUGUUCCAGCAAGAUUCAAUGUGACUGGUCGUACUGAUACAUAUGUAUCAAUCAAUGGAACCAACAGUUCAAAUGUAACCUAUGUCUCAUCAUCAAUUAUACAUUGUCAGGUGCCACCAGGUAUUGGUGAAAACAUUCCAAUUUCAAUAUCGAUUGGAGGUCAAAUGGUCAAUGGAUCAUUCAACUACACUGGUCCUACUCUUGAUAAUGUCAAAUACAGUGAAUUGGCAGGUAACAAUAUUACGAUCAAGGGUAAGAAUUUCAUCCCAGCAUCGAUGGUUGAUAAAAUCAAUCAAGAAGGACAAACCCCUCAAAAUAGUGUAUCAAUUGCUUCAACUAGAUGUUCAUCAGUACAAUGGAUAGAUGAAAAUACAGUCAUUUGUAAAGUACCAGAUGGAGAUGGAAAAGAUCUAUCUAUUAAUAUUGUAGUUGGUGGUCAAUCAUCACCAUCAAACAACUACUUUACUUAUAAGAAGAAACCAAUAUUAGAAUCGAUUGAUCCAAAUAAAGGUAAAAUGUCAUCACAAACAGAUGUUACACUAGUUGGUAAAUAUUUUGGAUCAGAUGCAUCAAAGAUUGUUGUGACUAUUGGAACUGCUGGUGCAUGUACAAGUGUGACAGUUGUCACUGCAGAAACCAAGAUAACAUGCAAGACACCAACAUCAUCAUCUGAAAAGAGUGAGGUUGUGACCAUUAAAGUAUUAGAUUUGGAAAAUGAAGAAAAGAACGUUACAUUUACAUAUUAUGGUUCUCCAAAUAUCCAAUCGGUUCUACCAAAUACUGGUGGAGUUGAUGGUAUGAUACCAAUUACAUUGGCUGGAACCAACUUUAAACCAACAGGUGAUAAAUCACCAACUGUAUCUUUUAAUGGUGCGUCGGCGACAGUUGUGUCAUCUACCGAUACUCAGAUUGUAUUUACUCUUCCCAAAGGUGGAGGUGCCAAUAUUCCCAUCAAGGUAACAGUUGAUGGCGAUACAAGCAACACCAACAAUCAAUUUAAAUACAUGUCUCCUAUGUUUAUGGUUGCUCCUCCAGUAGGUCAGGAAAACACAGCAACCCCUGUUGUUUUGACAGGUACUAAUCUUGGUUUAAUCGGUGAUAAUCCAACUGUAAAGGUACGUGGAAAAGAUUGUACUGGUAUAACUGUAAUAAGCUCAGUGUCUGUUCAAUGCACAGUACCAGCUGGUGAAGCCGGCCCUGCUACUGUAGAGUUAACAUUCCAUGGUCAGUCUGGUACUUCAACCUUUACAUACAUCAAGGAUCCAACGACUACUAGUACGACCAGUACCACUACAACUACCACAACUACUGGUAGUACGACUGCAUCCACGACCUCAUCAUCGUCAACAUCCACAAUAUCCGGCUCGAUCACUGGAGGUACCAUCACUGGAACCAUCGCCGGUUCAACGAUCACUGGAACAGUGACUGCAUCAUCGAUCACUGGAACUGUUAGUGGAGGGUCAGUCACAGGAUCGCUUACUGGUACCAUAACUGCAGGUACUAUCACUGGAACUGUCACUGGAGGAACGGGAACUAGCAGCACAGGAACGAUCACUGGAACUGUGACUGGUGGAACCAUGUCUGGAUCAAUGACUGGAGCAACUAUUGCGUCAUCGACCACUGGAACAACCUCAACAACCGGAACAUCUUCAACCACUGGAAUAACUUCAACCACUGGAACAACUUCAACAACAUCCACAACCGCUACUACCGUUGUACCUACAUCCAACUCGACUACUACGACGACAACAACAGGUACAUCAACCACUGGAAAUACAACAACGACCACUGGAACAUCUACCACUGGUACUUCAACAACAACUACCACCGGUGUUCCUACAUCCAACUCGACUACUACGACGACAACAACAGGUACAUCAACCACUGGAAAUACAACUACUACUGGUACGUCAACAUCAACUACUGGUACUUCGACAACCACUGGCACUUCAACAUCUACAACAGGUACGUCGACGACUACAGGUACGUCAACAACGACAGGAACAUCAACAACAACAGGUACCUCAACAACAACAGGUACGUCGACGACUACAGGUACGUCAACUACGACAGGAACAUCAACAACAACAGGUACCUCAACAACAACAGGUACAUCAACGACUACAGGUACCUCAACAACUACUGGAACAUCAACAACGACUGGUACAUCAACGACGACUGGAACAUCAACGACAACAGGUACAUCAACAACUACAGGUGUUACAACGACAGGAGUAACAACAGGAUGUGUAACACAUUGUGCAGUACUUUACAGUCAACCAGAGUUUAAGGGAGAACAUGAAGAAAUGAAAGAAGGAAUGAAACAAGCAAAUAGGGAUUGGUGGUCUAUAUUCCUUGGUGAUUCCAAAGAUGAAUUUGCAGAAGGACCUACCGCACAACAGCUAGAUCAAGUAGACCCAAGUGAAUUCCAUAAUCACCACAUUGAAAAUAAGCAUUGGAUGCAACUUACUGAACCAUGGUAA